AUGCAAAGAACAAAGAACAAAGAAAGAGACAGGCGUGAACUUAAAAUGCCUGAAAAACUCGUUAUUAUUAUGGUAGGCCUGCCCGCGCGUGGAAAGUCCUAUAUUGCUCAGAAGAUUGUUGCGUACUACCAAAGCGCCUACAACGGCAGUUCCAGCUGUCGUCUAUUCAAUGCGGGGAAAGAACGACGUUCGCGCGCCGUGGAAAGCCAGGAAAUCACGCCGCUCUCGAAUCUUUACCGGACCGUCACUCGCCAGCCGCAUCAGCUGAGUGGCGGCCAUCAGGACCGCCAGGAUCAGGAAGACAGGGCAUUGGAUAGCAACAGUUCAGACUCGGACGACGAGAACCAGCUACAAGAAGACUGCGGUUUAUUGUCGCCCAGUCCGGUGCCUCCGCAGUUGUUGUUCGACACCGAAAAUGCCGCUGCUGUUGAGGUGCGAGACCAAAUAGCGCUGGCCACGCUUCAAAAGAUGUGUCUCUGGUUGGAGUCUCAAGAAUCUCAUCGCGUGGCUAUUUUCGACGCUACUAAUACUACCGUUGCUCGCAGAGGCAUGAUUGUGAGUACUAUGCGUACGCAUGUCUCUAAUCCUACUCCCAUAAUUUUUAUCGAAAGUAUAUGCAACGACGCCAAGAUCGUCAACGAAAACAUCAAUCACAAAGUCAACCACUCUCCAGAUUAUCUGCACGAGCACGACAAAGACUGGUGCUACCGCAAUUUUCAGGCCAGGUUAGCCAAUUACGAGCGAGUCUACGAGCCUUGCGACAUCACAAAAGAGUUCCCGCGUCUGGAAGGACAAGAGCCUUCGAUCUCACAGAUUCGCGUAUACAACCAAGGUUCUAGCAUAACCUUGCAAGGACACGCGUCUUUACUACACGAAACCGGCCUCAUGCGGCAGCUACACAAUACCUAUAACAAUUCACUCAGAGCGCCAGAUUCGCUACCGCGUGUUCUGGACUCCAUAUCCAAAGCUCAUUCCUCGUGCUCCUCGAGCUCCUCGUCGCUUUUCUCAUUCUCUGGUCUGACACUCGGGAACAAUGCAUUUGAAAUGGAGAACGUUCAAAGAGUCGCUGAUGAGGCGGCUUCCGAGCAAAAGCAGCUACAACAACUUGCUCAAGAGGGUGAAAUGCCUCCCUCACAACAAAUACACGAAUCAUAA